CUCUGGUAACCCCUCACCUAGAUCAUCCUUUUGUGCACGGCGGUUGGAGGUUGAUGUCUCUGCGCUCUGCCCAGCUGCCACCGCCGGCAUUGGUUCACCAAGCAGACACACGUAGGCUCGUAUCCGACCGACCAACCCCCUUUUCCCCCGGCAGACUGAGCCGGCGAGUGGCGGGACAGCCGAGCAGCGAAGACCCGCUGCUGCAGCUCCGACGGGACGGACAGGACAGAGGGCUUCACCGAACCAGGAGGUGUGACACUGUGCUGAGUCCCCUCAUUGUGUGCAGCAGCACCAUGGCAGCUAUGGGACCUGAGGACAGAGCUGGAGCAGGGCCAGGCGGGACGGCAGUCUGCCCGUCGGGACUACAGGCCUGCACCUCCACAACGACGCACAGCAGCAGCAGCAAUGGGCCGGACAUGCAACAGACUCUGGUGUGUACACAGAGGUGUGUCCAGACUGAGAAGACAUUCGUGGAGAGUGGCCAUCACAAGAACAGGACAGCAGCGGAGCGAGGCUGGAGCAACCUGGCUGCUCCUUUGCAAACUAUAGGACCCACAAUGCACCUCAACAAUGUGUCAACGACUGGAGAGGCACCAUACUGUUUCCGCAGCCCAGAGUCGGUGGAGAUGGAUGAGAUCAUGGCAGCUAUGGUCCUGACCAGUCUGUCCUGCAGCCCUGUGGUUCAGAGCCCUCCACAAACAGAUCCUGGACCAGCUGGCUCAUCAUCGUCAGCUGAUAUGGAGUGCGGUGGCGGCGAGCUGUCUGACAGCGGCAGCAGCGGCUACUGGAGCUGGGACCAUGGCAAUGUGAGCCCCGCCCCAUCACCGUCCGUCACUGAGAUGGACAGCAGCCCUGAUGAAGGCCUGCAAAUGGAACUGGAACAGGGAGAAGAGCUUAAUGCCAAAAAGCCAAAGAGCUCUUUCAGAGGUGUGUAUAAGUGUCUGUGGCCCAGUUGUGGCAAGGUGCUCACGUCUUCUGUCGGAAUCAAAAGACACAUCCGUGUGCUGCAUCUGGGCAGUGGGUCAGACCAGUCUCAGAGAGAAGAGGACUUCUACUACACCAAGAUCUCCUGUGAGACCGUGGACGCCAGCUCCGCUCCGGCUCCUUCCCAGCAGGCUCUGGGCCAGGCCUCGUCCUCUCAUCCCAGCUGGGCCUCCUGCGGUUCUCCUCCGGCCUCGGGGCUCCAAAUCCCCCCAGCUCACAGACCCAGGUCCAACUCCAGCUCCGGGCCAGGCCCGAGCAGGCCCUGUCCACUCAGCCAGUCGGCCCCCAGCAGCUUCUGGCAGAUUCACUCGGAGCAUCUCUAUCAGGCCUGUAGCCCCGUCCAGAUAUCUGUGUCCCCCAGAAGCCCCGGCUGCCAUGGUUGGACCCCUUCCACCUCCGUCUCUGGCCCCAGUAACACUCCGGUGGUGAAACCUCGAUGUCGGUCAGUCAGUGUAGGGGAACAAUGGCUUCAACAGAACAGGCUGCAGCCAAUAAGUGUGUCGCCCUCCCGCACUCACUGCUCCUUCAGGAAGGGUCGCGGCGAGGCCAAAAAGUGCCGCAAGGUGUACGGAGUGGAGCGCAAGGAUCAGUGGUGCACCGCCUGUCGCUGGAAAAAAGCCUGCCAGCGAUUCCCCGACUAAAGACUGCUGAAUGACGGAGAGACAGAGAUGAAGAUGUGGAUGGAUGGAUGAGUUAUAGAGACUUUUAUCAAAAAGAGGAUAUAAAUCAGGGCCUGAGAGCCAUCAAUACAAAACAUCGGGGUUUUUUUUAAUUUUCAACCUUUUUGUUUCUUUCCUAAAGAAAUGCAUAUGGACUUUCUGUAUCUUUGUAUCUUGAUCCUGAAAACUGAAGUCUGCGAUGGUGCUAACUGUUGACUGACUGACCAUGUGAUGUGCUAAGCCUACAAUACUCUCCUACUUUAUCCAAAGGUUAUAUGACUGCCCCUGUAGCUCCACUGUAUUAGACUGCUACCUGGCUGUUUCUUUAUUCCAAUCCUCUCUUCCAGUGGUGACACAGUGGUUAUGAUGUACAUUAUAUUGUGUGCUUUGAGUUACGUACGAGUAUUUUAUACCUUUUUUUUUAUCGUCUCGUUCCGCCCGUGUAUUGGGCAGAUUAUUUUUUUGAAUAUUCAUGUUUUUUGGCACUUUGUUGGAAUAUAAACUCACAAAAAUAAGCUACAUUUGGUUCGACUCAACCAAGUUCCUGUUACCUUCCUGCCCAUGUUUUGACAAACGACCAGUGUUAAUGGUUUUAUCCGUGAAGCUAUGGAGUCAAUGGGAUUAGCAUUAGGGGAAUGAGUUUGUAAUAGCAAUAAAAAAGAGGAAAUAUAUUGUCAAACACAAAUUAAAAAGCACUGAGAA